AUGUCAGUGGUAACCACAGAUAAUAGCGUGAACACCACGGUCCGGCUGGUCACACCGCCCCGGUACGUGAUCACCAGCACCAGCAACGACGUGGUCAUCUACUGCGAGAUCGUCUUCAGCUUCCUGCUGACCCCGCUCCUGUGUCUGCUGGGGGUCGUCGGCAACGUCUUGAACGUCAUCAUCCUCCGGCACCACGGCCUGCGGGACAAGGUCAACAUCCUCCUCCUCUCCAUCUCCGUCUGCGACCUCUUCUUCUCCCUCUCUCAGCUCGUCAUCCAGGUCAACCGUUUCAUCCGUUUCGCCACCCCCGCGAUGGCUUUAACCUUGACCUCCUUCGUGAACUUGUACGUACUUCCGGUCAACCAAACGUGUUUUUCUAUAAGUAUAUGUCACGUGACGACCAUCGCUAUUGAAAGACUCGUGGCUGUAUGUUUCCCUUUUCACGUGUCGCGAAUCUUCACCCAGUUCCGGCUGAAAAUCUGCGUCGUUUUUCUGUUCGUCUACCCCAUCGUCAUGACGACGCCGACGUUUUUGAACUACGAAAUCCGGUGGGUUCGAAACCCAACCUACAACAUCACCGUCGCGACGUUGUCCGAAUCAUCGCUGAAUCUCAACACCUACGAGUCGUUCAACAUCUUCAACUUGUACGUCGUUGGCAACCUGCUCAGCACGGUGCCGCCGACGAUGAUUCUGGGAUCCUCUAUCGUCAUAGCUCUCACGAUCGCCGUCAAAAGAAAGGAGUUCUCCGGCUCCAUCGGCGCUGCCAACUUAGCGACGAAAUCUCUGAAGGAGAAGAAGAUGUUCAAGAUGCUGCUCACCAUCUGCUUGCUCUCUCUCGUCGUCUGCUUCCCCACCAGCGUCCUGGACAUGUACAACUCCUACGGCAUGACGUCAUCGGCGCUCGUGCGCACCUACCAGAUUCUUCGCUCUCUGCUGUCCCAGAUUAACGCCUCGGCAAAUUUCAUCAUCUACGUCACAAUGAGCACCAAGUUUGCCAAGACGUAUCGUAGUUUAAUGUCUGGUCUACAGUGCCGUGAAUUAUCACACGCAGGUAUUUAA